UCUACAUCUCCUCCACAUUUCUCCUCAUGUCCUAAAUUGUCGCGGUCCCUUUUUCUGCACUGCGCGGAGAUAUUCCUUCGAUCACCAUUCACCAAUAUAAUCAAAAGAAGACAAUAGAGCAUUUGCAAUCUCAAGAUAGACGGAAAAGAGAAGUGGGAUAAAGCGAGUCCGAUCGUCCUUUGCUAUUUAGAGUUAAACUUAAUCUUUUCCGCGAUCCGGCGGCCAUCCUCUCCUUUUUUUUUUCCUCUCUCUCUCUCUCUCUCUCUCUCUCUCUCUCUCGAGCAGGCUUUAAAGGUAGGGACUUUGAAGGAUUUUCUUAGGGGCUUCGGUUCUUGGUUCUUGGCACAUUGUGCGAGUGUGGAGAGAGAAAGAGAGAUGGGGAAGGCGGUGGUGGCAGCGGCGAUGGCGGUAUGCACGGUGGCGGCGCUGGUGGUGCGGCGGAGGCUCCGGAGCGUGGCGCGGUCGGCUCGGGCGGUGGAAAUGGUGAGGGAGCUGGAGGAGCGGUGCGCCACCCCGAUCGGGCUGCUGAAGGAGGUGGCGAACGCCAUGGCCAUGGAGAUGCAAGCCGGCCUCGCCUCGGAGGGCGACAGCAAGCUCAAGAUGCUCCUCAGCUACGUCGAUAGCCUCCCCUCUGGGGAUGAGAAAGGACUGUUUUAUGCUUUGGACCUUGGAGGAACAAAUUUUCGUGUUUUGCGUGUACAGCUGGGUGGAAAGGAAAGGCAUGUUGUAAAACGAGAAUCCACAGAGGUCUCCAUUCCACCACAUUUGAUGGUUGGAAAUUCAGCUGAACUAUUUGAAUUCAUCGCUGCAGAAUUAGCAAAAUUUGUUGCUUCAGAAGGUGAUGAUUUUCACCUAUCCGUGGGCAGUCAGAGGGAAAUUGGUUUUACAUUCUCUUUCCCAGUGAAGCAAUCUUCAAUUACAUCAGGCACUCUUGUCAAGUGGACUAAGGGCUUCUCCAUUGAUGAAAUGGUUGGAAAAGAUGUGGUUGUUGAAUUGACUAAGGCUAUUGAAAAGCAAGGUCUUGAUAUGCGUGUUGCGGCAUUGGUCAACGAUGCUGUUGGGACAUUGGCCGGAGGCAGAUACUAUGAUAAAGAUGUUGUUGUUGCUGUUAUAUUGGGUACUGGAACAAAUGCAGCAUAUGUAGAGCAUGCACAUGCAAUUCCCAAGUGGAAUGGCCUCCUACCGAAAUCAGGAGAUAUGGUUAUCAACAUGGAAUGGGGUAACUUCUGGUCAGCUCAUCUUCCUAUCACAGAAUAUGAUCAAGACUUGGAUUUUGAAAGUUUGAAUCCUGGGGAACAGAUCUUUGAGAAGUUAAUUUCGGGAAUGUAUUUAGGAGAAAUUGUACGUAGAGUCCUAGUGAAACUGGCUGAAGAGACUUCCCUUUUUGGCGACACUGUUCCAUCGAAACUUAGAACUCCUUUUAUACUACGGACCCCGGAAAUGUCUGCCAUGCAUCAUGAUGCAACAUCUGAUCUCAGAAUAGUUGGGAACAAGCUGAACGAUAUCUUAGGGAUUGCUAGUACCUCCAUGGAGACAAGAAAACUGGUGGUUGAAAUCUGCGACAUCAUCGCAAAGCGUGGUGCGCGCCUGGCUGCUGCAGGAGUAGUGGGUGUCCUCAAGAAGCAGGGGAGGGACGCUGCUUGUGGUGGCAAGCAGAGGACGGUGGUCGCCAUGGAUGGGGGACUGUUUGAGCACUACAAGAUAUUCAGCGAGUGCUUGGACGGCACUCUCAGGGAGCUGCUUGGGGAGGCAUCGCAGUCUGUUGUCAUCAAGCUUGCUAAUGAUGGUUCCGGUAUUGGAGCUGCACUCCUUGCAGCCUCUCACUCUCAGUACAAGGAGGAGCUCUGUGCAUCCUGAAAUAUUGUUUUUGUUUUUGUGUUUUGUUUUGUUUUUUUCUUUCGGAGCAAACGAAAAGACUGCUUUGUAACAUAGGCAUAUGAAUCCUUUUUAUCCCUUCUUCGUCUCAACUACCCUUACGUUCUUCAUCAAGUGAAUGCUUCUUAAAUUGAUGUCUCCGCGGGAGCACAUACAAGAG